ACCUGUUGGUUCUCUCCGUUUUAAUUGAUUUCUUCUUAUUCGGAGUAUUACCUAAUAAAUAAUACCUGUCCAAUGUUCGUGCUGGAUUGCAACUUCACCGUGGCAAAAUUCAUAAAUUUCGAAACAAUUAGAUUUUUUCAUCAUUUAUUUCCGAGUCGAUAUCUGUGUUUUAAUAGACAAAAAAUGCGAAACAAUGACUGAAUUUCAAUUAAUGCCUUUCUCUUAAAUUAUUGGUGUUAUAUUAUGUGAUAUUAAGAAUACAGCUGCGAUAUUAACAUAAAAGAAUAAAUCUACGUGAGAGAUAUUUUUAUACAAACAAGGAAUUAAAAUGGCAUCUUGUACAUACAAUUGCUUGAUGAAUGUAAUUAAUAUUGGAAACAGUAUUAUAGGAGUUAGUAUUUUAGCAAUGCCAUAUUGUUUCAGGAAGUGUGGAAUUUUGCUGAGUGUGAUUCUUAUAUUCAUCAGUGGAUUGUUAACGAGGAUAGCUUGCUAUUUGCUUCUAAAAUCAGCAAUUAUGGCUCGCAGGAGGAAUUUUGAAUUUUUAGCAUUUCACACAUUUGGUUCAACUGGAAAGUUGGCUGUUGAAAUGAGUGUCAUAGGGUUUCUAAUUGGAGUGUGCAUUGCCUUCUUUGUUGUCAUUGGUGAUCUUGGCCCUCCAUUAGCUGCAGAAUUUUUAAGCAUUGAUAAUUCCCCAAAUCUCAGAACAAAUGUUUUGAUGCUUGUUGGACUUUGUGUUGCCCUUCCUCUUGGAAUGUUGCGAAAAAUUGACAGUCUUACCAGUCUUAGUGCUCUUUCAAUAGCUUUUUAUUUAUGUUUAAUUUUAAAAAUCUUUGCUGAAGCUGUUCCAAAUCUUGCCUCUAAUGAAUGGUGGUAUGAAGUCAAUUGGUGGAAAUCAGAUGGAAUUCUUCCUUGCUUGCCUAUUUUUUCAAUGGCUCUUUCUUGCCAAACGCAGUUAUUUGAAUUUUUUGACACGAUGAAUGAUCCUUCCUUGAAGAGAAUGCAAUCUGUUAUUAAUGGUGCUGUUCAUUUGUGCUCUUCUGUUUAUAUUUUGGUUGGAACCCUUGGUUAUAUUGCAUUUCAUGAUAAAGCCAUAACAGGAAAUAUUUUAGUGUUUCUCACUCCAUCUGCAAUUACAGAAAUAAUCAAAUUUGGAUUCAUUCUCACAGUUGCUGUUAGUUUUCCUCUUUGCUUGUUUCCUUGUCGAACAAGCUUGCAUUCACUACUAUUCAAACAGGGUUUUGGUCAUCAUGACCUUAAUGUUACUGUGAUACCUGAAAAUCGUUUCCGCAUUCUAACAAUCAGUUUGGUUAUUGUAACUAUUGGUGUUGCCAUAAUGCUACCAAAUAUAGAAUUUGUUCUGGGAAUUAUUGGGUCAACUAUUGGAACUUUGAUAUGCCUGAUUUUUCCAGCUUUUAUAUUCAUUCAUGAUACGAGUAAGAAUACAACUGAAAAGAGGAUGGCACAAAUACUGAUGGGAAUUGGAUUUUUUAUUCUCAUUGCCUGCACCUACUCUACUCUACAAGAUGCAAGUACUAGACCUAGUCCCGUUGAAGAGCAAAUAAAAGUUAUUGUACGAGUUACACCAGAACCUCCUAAAAUUGCAAGUUCAUUAGCCCCUGAAAUUCACUCUUCAAAUGUUGUGCCUUUGAAGGAAGAAGUUAUUCUUUUAGAUAAAGAAAAAGAGAAAAAAGAGCUUGAUAAUAAAAUUCCAGAUGAACAAAAGCGCUUAGAACCUCCAGUACCUCAAGAGCCUGAAAUUAAGAUUGACCAGAAUGCAGACUUAGAUCCACAAGCUCUUCAGAAAGAGGAUAAAGAGAUCCAAAAAGAUAUGAAUCCACCUGCACCAAGUGUCGCAGAUGUUCCUAAAAAAGAUAAAGACAUUGACAAGCAAGAAAAACUUCUGCAAAAACUGGAACAACAACACAAAGAGCAAAAACUUAUACUAGAACAACAGAAGAAAGUUUUAGAAGAACUGAAACUCCAUAAGGAAAGUCACGAAGCUGGAGAACUUAUGAAGAAGAAAGUUCAACAGCCCCAAGAAUCUGAGAAAGAAGUUAUUCCUCCACUGCAGAAUCACAAAUCAGGAAUUGUUGUUGGUGAAGAAGAACCGAAACUCCAUCCACUUCCAAAACCAAAUAAGCCCGUUGUUAUUGUAGAAAACAAAAAUCAAAAUAUUCCAUCUCAUCAAGAUGAAGCAAAGCCUAAUAGGGCAAUUAAGAAUGUUUCAGAAGAAGUUCCUGCAAAAAAAGUUAUUCCUGUUAAGGUUGUUGAUGCAAAUCUGGACAUUAAACAAGAAAAUGUGCUGGGCACUGACCAACAGAGAGUUGCAAGACCUAUUCCAAUCGAAGUUGUGUAUAACGUGACUGCUCCAAAUAUGGAGCAGAAACCACAGAUUCUGAACAAAGAAAAACAUUUCAUUUCACUUGAAAAUAAAAAAGUUUUGGCUAGUAAAAUGCCAGAAAUAAUGAAAAAAGAAACUCCCGAGCUUAGAGAGGAUCAGAAAAAUAUGGAUGCUCAUAUCAAUAAAAGGGAACCAUUGGAAGAAAAGAAAGAUGUGUUCAAUGUUCCUUUGCAAGAUCUCAGUAAAAAUGCCAAGAUUAAUGAUCUUUUACUUGGACAAGCAAAACCGGUAUAGGCAGAAAAAAAUUUUAAAUUGUGUAAAUGCCAGUAUUUUUAAAAAGUAUUUUAUGCUAUCAUUUUUGUGUUGUAAAUAUGUUAAAUGUGAAUUUCAUUCUCAUAAAUAUUUUGU